CUCUGGAUGCGGAUAGCAUUUUCCAUCAUGAGACUUUUGGAGAGGUCUUAGAUCCUUGCAUUGCUGAGAAGAGCUCAAUCAGACACACCAUUUAAGAAGACCCAGGGCAGCCAUCUACUAAUUGCCCACCAGCCUUCCUUAGGCCCCUCCUCUGAGCACCCUCCCACUUCUCCUCCCCUUUUCAGCUUCUUUUUAUAUGUUGUCUUCUCCCCAUCAUUCUGCUAACUCCUUGAGGGCAGGUACCAUUUUUCGGCUUUCUUGGUACCCCUAGUGCAUAACACAGUGCCUAACACACAGUAAACGCGUAAUGUAUAUUUAAAGACGGACUAGUAUGCAAAUGUAUGGGGCAAGGUCCAAAAAAUAAAAAAUUUUUCCCCCUGCACGACAGCAACCCUGAGGCUGGCUAAGUUUUCUACGCAUUUUUUUUUUAAGAAUUAAAAAAUAGUGGAUUUGAUGGAGACUCCGGUGGAGCCGAAAGGCGACUAUUUCUAGAAUUAAAAUAAUAAUGAGUGGCUGGACAGAGACACCGGUAGAGCCGGGAGGCGACGAUUUCUCUCUUCCGAUUUCCCCCCGCACGUCUUGCCCCUUCGCUCCACCCUCGGACUCAAACUCUGGCUCCUCCUGCCCGCUCUCCCCACCCGCAAUGUUUAGGCACCGAAGUCACUCAUCCCCAUGACAACAGCCACGCGCCCGCUCCCCCCCUUCGGUUGCCAACCAGCCGCCGUCUCCUUGGUAACCCUCUUAAGCCGUCUCAUCCGCCAGUCGGGCCGGGCCCGCAGGCGAGGGGAGGAUUCCUCCCCCGUCCCUAGAGAGACCAUGGCCUCCGAGAGCCCCGCUUCGCUGCUUCAGGACCUGGACCUGAGCGCCGAGGAGGUGAGGAAGCUCACCAGCGCCUUCGAAGACCCAGAGUUCCGGCGGCUCUUCGGCGAGUACGCGGCGGAGCUGGCGGAUCCAGCGAACCGGCGGCGCUACGAAGAAGAGAUUACGGCGCUGGAGCGGGAGCGCGGCGUGAAGGUGCAGUUCGUGCACCCGGCGCCGGGCCACGUGCUGCGCACCAGCCUCAACGGAGCCCAGCGAUGCUUCGUCAACGUCUGCAGCAACGCGCUGCUGGGCCGGCCCCGCCGGCAGCCCGGGCCCGGGGGCCCGCAGGGCUCCUCGCGGGGGCAGCUCUGGUCCCUGCCUUACAGCCUGGCUCCGGGCCGCGAGUACAUGGGCCGCCGGGGCACCCGCUACAAGGUCUACGACGUCAUCUUCCACCCCGACGCUCUGUCGCUGGGCAAGCGCCACGAGCGGUUCCGGACCAUGAUCGAUGCCACCGCCCUGGAGGCCGUGGAGAAGCAGUUCGGCGUGAAACUGGAUAAGCGCAACGCCCAGACCCUGAGGAUCCAAUACAAAGGCACGCCGGAGGCGGCGGUGCUGCGCACGCCCCUCCCCGGCGGCCCCCCGCCGGCGCCCGAGGGGGAGGAGCCGGGGGACGACUCUCUGCCCGCCUUCCCCUACCCCUACCCCUACCCCGAAGUGGCAAAGAAGCCUCCGGCCCUGCAGUCCAGGGGCCCCGGGCCUUCCCGGGAGGAGCCUCCAGACCCGGCCCCCACCGUGCCGCGUCACAGCCUUGUGCAACGACACCACGUGGACCUGCAGGAUUACCGAUGCUCCCGGGACUCCUGCCCGAGCACAGUGCCCAGGGAGCUGGUAGUUACCAUCGAGCUGCCGCUGCUGCGCUCCGCCGGACAAGCUGCCUUGGAGGUGACUGAGAAGCAGCUGUCGCUCGACUCCCGCAAACCCGACUACAGGCUCCGCCUCCCGCUUCCCUAUGCGGUGGACGAGAGCCAAGGCAGUGCUCAGUUCAACAAGGCCAAGCGGCAGCUGGUCGUUACCUUGCCGGUAGUGGUGCCGAAGCACAGCAUGGAGCACCUGGGCCCGCGGGAGGAGAAAAAAGAAGUGGAGGAGGAGGAGACAGAAGAAGAGAAGAAAAGGGAAGAGGAAGAGAAAAAGGAGGCGGAGGAAUUGGAGAAAGAGGAAAAAGAGGAGGAGAAAAAGGUGGAGAGAGCCGGCCAGGUCGCUACUUCGAUAAAGGGUCUUCUGAAGCAAGAAGGGGCAGAGGAGUUGACGGAGGAGCCUUUAGCAGCCAAAGGCAUGCCGGAAACGGAUGGCUCUUGGUCUGUGGUUUACACUUCAGAGGAGUCAGGAGGCCAGUCUGACAAGCCCUUAAGGGAUACUAGGAUGUUUAAGAAUUGGAGCCAAGAAAUCCGUUCAGAUGCCCUCAUUCCUUUCCAGUCUCGGUCUGAGAAUUCCUGGGCUUUGGCUGGUGAAGAAAUGAUGGACCUUCAGGAGGGUACCACGCAGGACCAGGCUACUGGGAUGGUGGCCAUUCCCCCAAAUACUUCGGGGCUGUCACUUGUCAUUAAAGCAGAUCCACCAAGUUGUACUGGAGAAGAGGAUCUUCCUGCAGGGACUGUGGCCUUGCCUGAGGGCAGUAAUGAAAUGCCACCCUCUGGAGCACUGAGUUUACCAGAGAAUGCAGGUCCACCAGGUACUUUAGGGCAGCCACUUAUUAGUAAAACAAAUCUAUCAAAUGGCACUGGAGGAGAGGAGCCUGCCUUGUCUGGAGGCAGUCAUGAGGUACCAUCCUCUGGGGCACCGAGCUUUCCGGAGAAUACAGGUUCACCAGGAGAACCCAAGGAGAAAACAGCUAUUGGAAAUGAAAGCCUUCCAGAGAAUACAAAUAAAGUUGAACCUAGAGAAACAGUUAACAUUUCAGAGACUAAUAGAGGGAAACCCUUGUGCCCUCCUUUGCAGUGCAAGCAAGAUGAAGAAUCUCUUACUUUGUUAAUCCAAGUGCCUCAAGUCCAGCCACAAAGCCUUCAGAGUGAUUUAAGUCCCCAUCAAUACAAACUCUGCUUUUCCACACAAGAUUUUGUUUCUUAUUCAUUCAUUUUGCAAUUUGCUUCUGAAAAUAAGUUGAGCAUGAAAGAACAGAAAAUUAGUAUUUCUUCAUUCAAUACAGUGAUAGAAUUGGCCAAAUCUCCAGAGAGUUAUGGGCACUGGAGAAAAUGGUAUUUUGGUUUGAACAAUAACUGUUUGCAGGAAAGGCUUUUUGUCAUCGAAGAAAAUGUUGAUGAAUUUCUUGAAGGCGUCUUGAAUUUCAAUAAGUCAGCCCCCAAAACCCAGCCAUUAAUUGAAGUACUUGAAGUUAGUGAUAAGAAGACCCAAAUUCAAUUAAAGUCACAAGAAGUAGAUGGCCAAGAUCAGCUUAAUGAAAAGGAACUAAGAUUUAAUAUAAGAAGCGAUCUGACUGAAAAAGGAAAUAUACUUCAAACAAAUACAAAAAACAGUAGCAAUGCAACUGAUGUUGAAAAAGAACAUUCAAAAGGAAACACCAAACCUUCUGAUUCUUAUACAACAGAUAAAGCACUAAAAAAGAGCAGCUGUGGGUCAGCUCCCUGCCUGCAACAUGAACCUCCAAGUGCUUCUACAGAGGUUCUUGGGAAAUCUCAACAACCAGACUCAGUGUCCAAAUCCAGUUUCACAAAAGAAAAAAUUGAUGUUUAUUCAAAUAAUGAAAAACAAAAUAUAAAAUCACCAGCAUUGAUGGAAAAGAAAGAACGGGAUGAAGAUCACAUACUUCAAAGUAUAAAAGAAACCAAUAUGAAGGAUGGAAAGGUACAGAUUAUUAAAGACCAUGUGACUGACUGUGCAUUCACUUUUCAAAAUUCUUUGUUAUAUGACUUGGAUUAAUUUGGAGAUUUUAAUUUGUCAAAUUCAAGUCAAAGUCAAAUUAAAUUCAGUUAAAGUCCUUAGAUUUAAAAUAGAGAUAGUGUCCAUGUCUAAAUUUACUUCAAAUUCAGAGUCUGGAAGAAACCAGUAAAUAGUAAAUCAUUUACCUGAUUACUUUCAGAGAUAAAUUUUUAAAUUAAUUAUAUAAGCUGAGUUUGAACCUUUAGCUACAUUACAUCAAUUUUUCAAUUAAUAUUUUACAAUCAGAUACUGAUAACAUGAAGGAAAUUGAUUUACCAAUUCCCCUUAACUUUUUUUCUAAAUUAUGAGCACUCUAAAUUUUAAAAGUAAAGCUUAACACCAUAUUUUUUCCUUUUGUUGUACCUCUUAUUGUUGACCAUUAUUUUGUCUUGAAAUAUUAAUAAAAUUGGAAUGUUUGUUAUUCAUUAAAGAGUUCUCAAGAGGGUAGGCAUCAACUAGCAAUACAUAGGUCAAGAUUCUGAAAUUGUGACAAGGGUUUUAAAUUAGAUUUUAUCAAAUUAUUCUAGACUUGCAUUAUAUACAAGAAUUUUCUGUUCUAAAAGCUCAGAAGGAAUAAAAUGAACCCCACUGACAUUCAUCAAAUUCAGAUAAAGUAUUUCUAGGGCAAAAUAGUAUUAAGUAUUUUUGCUUCAGCUCUGAAAAUAUUUGUUCUUUGCCUUACCAUACAUAAUAGGAUAUCCAAGAGACACAGUUUUCCUAAUUAACAAUUACUUCAAGAAUUCACUGGUGUUUCUUAGACUAUAUUACUCAAGUAUUAAGAUGUGUCUUUUGGUUUCAUAUAAGUGACUUUUUUGAAGAAAAAUCUUAAAAGUAAGGAAAAUUUUCUGUUAUAUAUCCCAGAGAACAAAACUACAUAGUUUGGGUAAUUAAUUACAAAAAAUUCAUUUUGCAUUUUCCUAUUUGAUAAUUUAAAGUAAAUUUCUCAUGCCUCCUGAAUAGGAGAAAAACAAGUCAGAAAUGAAAAAAAUAUUCAAUCCCCUGCAAUAUAGUCUAGUAUCAUCAGUCAAAAGGGCAAGUAAAACUUUUUAGCCGAACAAUAAUUAAUUCACACGAGUCUCGGAAGCCUGGGACCCUCUCCUAGUAAAAAAUUAAUGGAACAACAAAAGUUAAAAAGUGAAGUAUUUAUUUGCUGGCUAACCCCAAGUCCAGAGAUGAGUCUACUUUUUGCACUAUACAGGGGCUGACCCCUUGAAUCGUUGAAAAACCCAGAAAACUGAUCUGGGCUACUCAAAACUUUGGAGUAAGAAUUCCAGGUCAGACCUGCAAGAGCUAGCAAACCAGAACUAGUAUGAUCUCUAGGGGUGUGAGGUUUCUCCUCAGCUGGAUGGAAUGUGAUAAGACUUAAAAUCCAUAUCAUUAAUUCUUAGUGAAUUUGCUAUAAUUUUCUUUGUAAGGAAUCUAUAAUUUUUUUAGUUGACUGCAGUUGUAUAAAAUUUAUACUAUUAUUAACUACUCUAUAUAUAAAUAUUUUAAGUAAGCUUCAUGUUCCUAUUCUGUCAUUUUAAAAAAUGUAAUUCCAGUUUUAAAACUGUCAGGAGCAAAUGUUUCAUGUAACAAGUGUCAGUACCAUUGUCUUAUAACUUUGAGAUUAAAUUUAGGUUUCCUUCCCAUUAAACUCUUUUUUAUUCAUU